UCACCGCAUCCAGCUUAGACUACAUGGAGCAUCAAAGUAUCGUCGAAGUAGGGUCCACGAUCGACGGACUUAAGUUCAGCACUUGCAAACCGCUCAGAUGGGAUCUCGUGACACAGGCUGUAGAAAUGCUUAUACUGGCAAUCGGGAUACAUCUGAGCUAUGCGAGCAGAAAUGCGGACACUCAAUUUCAGGAGCGUCAGUUUCUGUGCGCCGCGAUCUGCGUCGAGACCGCGGUCUCGGGUAGCUUCUAUCUCCUGCGUGAUAUAUAUUUCGAGAUAGCAAUGCUUCACCCCGACCUCGUGUUCCUGGCCCACUUCCUGCGCUCUCAGCUGACUUGCACGAUAGUUUUGCUGCUGAUUUUCAUGCCCAAACUGGUUUUCCAGCGCAGACAGCAACGUAAAGAGACCUCGUGCCGGCACUCGAACGCAUUUAAAACGCCCAGCGAGAUGUACGACUCCGACGCCGGCGAAGUGAGCACCACCGAUAUGAAUCCGGACGACAUCCGCGCGGAAUUCAGAAGGUGAUCACAUCAAAUAAAUUUAGAAAUACCAAGACAAAAAAUAGUAUCUGCUCAUCAUUAGACUUGAAAUAGAUACAUCCACAUAUAUGUUCCAUUUGGAAUUUAUUGUUAGUUUCAGCAAAAAAUCUUCAAA